GUAGCGACGCAGAGGAAGCGGAGGACAGGGGUUUGUUGUUCCUGCUAAAUGAUCGGUGAAAACAGGCCAUCAUGAGUCAGCGGACAGAGCGGCGGGGCAUUCACGUGGACCAGUCGGACCUGCUGUGCAAAAAGGGAUGCGGUUAUUAUGGAAACGCAGCGUGGCAGGGCCUGUGCUCCAAGUGCUGGAGGGAGGAGUACCAGCGUGUGCGGCAGAAGCAGAUCCAGGAUGACUGGGCCCUGGCAGAGAAGUUGCAGCGAGAAGAGGAGGCAGCGUAUGCCAGCAGUCAAGGAGCGCACUCCCAGUCGGCGGCGGCGCAGCAGAACCCGGGACACGCCUCCCUCGGCCCCUUCUCCAAGUUUGAGGAGAAAAAAACCAACGAGAAGACGCGUAAAGUGACCACCGUCAAGAAGUUCUUCAGCCCCUCUUCACGGACCGCCUCCAAGAAAGAAGCCCAAGAGGGAAAGUCGACCAGUCCGUCCAUUAGCCGCCAUGCUAGUUUUGACACGGACCAAGUGUCUAAAGACUUUGUGGAAUUCCUGAAGAACCUCCACAAGCCCGGCCGUGAGAUCCACAAGCAGUGCAGAGCCUUCCUUAUGAACAUGUCGAGUAAGAAGGACCUGGGUGCCGAUGAGCUGUCCGAGUGUGUUCAGGAUUUCUACCAGAACCUGGCCGACCGCCUGAUGAGUCACUUUAAAGGGCUCUGCACUGGGUGACCAUCCAGAUGCUCUGCGUGUCCAUGGAUGAAGAAAUCCCAGACGUGUCUGAGAAUGUGGUCAAAGCAAUAACAGAUAUCAUUGAGUUGGACUCAAAGAGGGUUCCUCGGGACAAGCUUGCUUGCAUCACACGCUGCAGCAAACACAUAUUCAGCGCCAUCCGGAUAACCAAGAACGAGCCGGCGUCCGCCGACGACUUCCUGCCUGCGCUCAUCUACAUCGUGCUGAAGGCCAACCCUCCACGCCUUCAGUCCAACAUCCAGUACAUCACCCGGUUCUGUAUCCCCAGCAGGCUGAUGACCGGAGAGGACGGGUACUACUUCACCAACCUGUGCUGCGCAGUGGCCUUCAUUGAAAAGUUAGACGCUCAGUCUCUCAACCUUUCCCCGGAGGAGUUUGAGCGCUACAUGUCAGGUCAAGCUUCACCGCGAUUCAGCAGCUCAGAGGGCAGCGAGUGGCCCAACGCUGGCCCAGGCCUCGACACUUCUGCCACCAACCCCGUCUUGGCCCAGCUUAACCACAACCUGGAGCUGCUGUCGGGCCUCUGCAGCCGGCAGGACGCCCUGAUGGAUGCUGCCAGGAGUCUCCAGGCCGAUCUGCUCUCCUGGCCCGAGAGCGUCCAGCAGGAAGUGCACGACAUCUUGGAGAAGUAUCCCCUGGAAAUCAGGUCCUCCAAAGUUUCUGCCAUCGACACCAACAAUGUGGACAACGAGAACCUGCCGUCACCCAUCAAACCCCAGGUGUUUGCCGGGUAAAACAAGAAAACCACUCCGUUCUGCUACACUUCCUUCAUGCCAGAUUUUGUGCUAAAUUUUAAAAUAUUAACAAAAACUACUGGCUCUCAUCUGCACCUUAAAGGGAUCCCCGAUUAGCUGUAACAUUAGACUUU